CUUGUAAUUUUCAAUCCCCAUUUUGUUUGGUGUGGAGUUCGAUGGUCGUUAUGUGCUUGUCACCGCUUGGGGAUCCCUCUUUUUCUUCAUUCUUCGGUGCUUAUUAACGCUUCCUAUUACCUAACCUGGGGUGAGCCAUGGCAAAUGGGAUUGGGGAAUCGAUGAGCACGUCUUCUCAAAGCCCGUCUUGCUCAGGGAAUGGUUCGAAUGAUGCUGGUGAUUUUGAAUGCAAUAUAUGUUUCGAUUUAGCCCAAGACCCAGUUAUCACUCUGUGUGGUCAUCUAUUCUGUUGGCCAUGUCUCUACCAAUGGCUUCACCAUCACUCGCAUUCUCAAGAAUGUCCGGUUUGUAAGGCUCUUGUCCAGGAGGAAAAACUGGUUCCAUUGUAUGGAAGGGGUAAAACACAGACUGAUCCUAGAACAAAGUCGUACCCUGGAAUGGAGAUUCCCCGCCGCCCUGCUGGCCAGAGGCCUGAAGCGCCUCCUACACCAGAAGCCAAUCCGUUUGGAAGUUAUGGGUUUGGAUUGAUGGGAGGAUUUAUACCAACGGCAACAGCAAGGAUGGGAAAUUUCACCCUUUCUACGGCCUUUGGUGGCUUUAUACCGUCGCUUCUUAAUAUUCAAUUCCAUGGUUUUCAAGAUGCCACUGUCUAUGGGACGACCUCUGGGUAUCCGUUUGGAUUUAAUGCCUUUCAUGGAGGACCCGCACGUGAUUUCGCCCACCCAACUGGUCAGGGGAAUCGUCAUGAGGACAAUGUUUUGAAGAAUCUCUUUUUGUUGGUUGGUGUAUUGGUCCUUCUUGCUUUCAUUUUUGGGUAGUAAAACCAUCUUGCGUUUGAGCACAGGAAUUGUUGAGGUUCAUUAUCAUUUCUGUAAAUACCUAAGAAGUCAUUUUCGUUAUUCAGAUUUUUGCCAGUUUAAUUUUUUACAAUGUAUUCGCGGCAGCUGCACUGCUCUUUUGUGCUUCUUGUAAUUGUUAUCUCAUGGUUUGCUGGCUUUCUUACUCUGUGCCUCAUGUUUCUUUGUUUAGCUAGCUAGUGUACAUUAGUGGUCUGUCGAGUAAGAAGUUGAUGACAGCAGAAAAGAAUCAGCAUAUUUUGUCUGUGUUAUUUGGGGUUCUGACUUUUUAAGUCAAUAAAUCAGAGGGUUCUAAGGUCA